AUGGGAUUACCGAUGGAUCCAAAUCUUGCAGAAAUCCACGUUCCCAGUGGACCAACAUCAGUGCAACAAGGACAAUCCUUCGAGGGCCUGUCGCUUCAACAACUGAUUGCUCGGAAGGACGAUCUGGAAGCAGAAUUGAAAGCACUUGGUGCAGUCCUGGACAGCCAUGGAGUCACCAUGCAAACGAGUCUGACAACAUUCGACGGCUACCCUCGUUCAGAUAUCGACGUGGCACAAGUUCGAGUAACAAGAGCAAGGAUCAUCACACUGCGAAAUGAUUGGAAAGACCUUAUGGACAGAAUAGAGAAGGGGCUACAUAAACACCAUGCCGAGUACCAAGCUUCCGAUGACUAUAAGAAUUCAUUACUUCAACCGGAGGAGCAGCAGGCAACACCGCAGGCUACCUCGAGUCAACCCCAACAGUCAUCUUCCGUCCCAGAAACACCCUUUGCCAAAGUGAAUAGUGUGGAACCCGGCAGUCCUGCACAUGAAGCAGGACUGAAAGCCGGUGACCUGAUUAGAAAGUUUGGUUCUGCGAUAUGGUCGAACCACGAGAGAUUACGCAAAGUGGGAGAGGUGGUUGGACAGAAUCUCAACAGACCCAUACCAGUCAAGGUAUCAAGAGGAGUAGGAGCCGAUGCACAAGAACUGGAGCUGAGGUUAACCCCGAGACAAAACUGGGGUGGAAGAGGUACUCUUGGAUGUCAUAUCGUCCCUAUCUGA